AUUUCACCAUAAUUGAACAAAGUGGUCACCUAAUGACUCUCUUUUUAUCAGUCACCAUAUAGAAGGCUGCCCUUUUUCUGUAAACCUCCGUUUCAUUUCAUCAAUCGAUCACCCACAGAAGGGAAAAAAAAAUCUCUGAACCCUUCUAAAUCAUUCAACCAUCAAUCUCUCGAAAUGGGCAAGAAGAGAAAAUCAAUCGCCACAAGCCUUGAUGAGGUGGAUCAAAGCAUGUACGCGUCGUUUUGCAGCGCGGCGAAUUCACUCUCUCAGCUUUACACCCAAUCUAUGAACCACCAGAAACACUCUUUCCAAGCCGGUGAACGUCACGGCCUUGAAAAACUUCAUCAGUGGAUCUGGAGACAAGAAGAGGGAGGUUCAGGAGUGACAACAGUUGAUAUUCUCAAUUACCUUCAGAAUGAGUUAGAUUACAGUGGAAAGGAGCCAUCAAUGUCCCCUAGAGCACAGGUUCGGCAUCAGCAUUCCCAACCGACAACACAGUUAAUGAGUUCUGGAUUUCCUGUCUCUUCAGGUUCAUCUGGUCAAAUCACUGGGCAGGGAACUCGCCCUGAGCAGUGUGAUCAACAGUCCAGAAAUUCAGUUUUCUCUAAUGGUUUAUCUAGCCCCAUUCGUUGGAGCCUUCAGCAUUAUCAAAUAGCUCAAGGAGGAGGCUUUGGUGGUCUGCCUCCUGCCACUGGAGGCCGGAGCAAUGAUCCCAACUUUCUUCUGCACCAAAAUAGGGAUUCAAACAGUUCCAAUGAUUCUUCAAUGGAUAUGCAUGCCGACUAAAAUUGCUAUGUGACCAAGUCCAGAAGCACCAUUCCAUUUAAAAGCUUGGACAGGCUGUUGCAAUUAGGAUGCUAUUUUCUUCAUCAUUUUUAGCUCAUGGAUUUGAUUACUGCAUACAAGAAUAAACACAUGAUGCUGGUGACUUGUUGAAGCAUGUGAAGAUGGAUUGUGUGUCUUCUCUCAAGAGGUAAAAAGCAAUGUGAUGAACAACAUCACAUCUCAGUUAAUCGUUUUGUUCUCAUUUGAAUCUAAUAGUUUGAGUCUGGUAAACCAUAUGUAAAGGCUUUUUGUUGAUUCGACUCUGCAACUUAUUAAUCAGUAUUGUUGUUACAUAAACAUGGCUUCCCCAACCGUGUGCUUUUCUAGAGUAUUUAUUUUAAAGUUUAUCAUGUGAAA